AUGGCUCCCUGCGCUAACCCGCUCGUUCGGGCUCACGUGGCUAUUGUGGCGUGCGCGUUGCCCUGGCUUGCCUCUGCCGGCGGAGGCGGCGGCGAAAACAUCUUCAAGUUGAAAGCCGUAGACUUGGAUAACUGGGAGUUCUGGGGCAUCUUCGCUGGCAUGGUCUUCUACGGCGUCAUCAUCGACCGGUUGCAGUACUUCACCGAGGAGGCUGUCAAGGACUAUCGUCUCAGCAAGAUGAUUUUUGACAGGUGCAUCACCGAGUUUAUGAUAUUCGGCAUCGUGGCGAUGACCCUGUUCCUCAUCAUGAAUGUGGUUCCUGACAUCUCCCCGCGCACAGCGACCCAGCUUACUUUCUGCGAUAUGCUGGUGUCUUUCGCAGCAUGCUCUCUGAUUCUGCUGGGUUGGAUCUAUUCUUGGCUUCGCGUGAAAGUCCAGGCGCUUGUAGUAUCAGGCUCCGACAAGAGUAUCCUGGGCUGGAAGCCAAUGCCGGAAAAGAUGCAGAAGCAAUUCAUGGCCUUGAACCAGCUGGACGACCAUAAUUUCGCGUGGCUCCCGUAUUUCAACGAGUCAUUGGCCUAUCAGAUUUGCAACCUCAUAAACAUCAAUUGGAAGACGUGGGUCAUUACAUGCCUCAUCUGCUUGCCCAUGGUUUAUAUCAAGUCUCAGCAGCACAAAACUGAAGAGGACACAUACAUCUUCGGGUACGCCGAACUUGAGUGGAUCCUCGUGCUCCUCAUCCUUGUGACAUGGGUUGUCAUUCGCAUGCUUCGCAACAAGCUGUACUCAACCUUGGACAAGGCAGGCGAUCCAGACGAAGCAGGUAAGGAUGUCGACGUCAAGGACAAGCUUCUCGGCGGGGAGCAUGGCUCCGCCCAGCAGCUGAUCGAGAAACUGGCACGUUGGAGCAACAUCCUGGCGUUGGUCUUACAGCUUGAGGCCGUACUGUUGUGCUUUGUCGCGGGUAUGUACACCAUGCACAUGUCCUACAACAUUGACUACGUUCACUGGUCCACUGCAUUGUUUUGGAAAGGUCUCUUCGUUGCUGGGUGUGUCAUCGGUCUCUUUCUCCUAGGGCCGCUCGCGCUCCUUGAGCUGACCUCGAUCCAGGCGUUUGUGGAUCCCGACGAUGAUGUAUUGAGCUCUAUCAUGGCUCAGGUCAACGAGAUUUGGAGCGACUGCGAUCACAUACGUCGCCAAAUGGAGUCAAAAGCAUACGCAGCUGGCUCCCAUGCGAGCGCCAAGGAGUGGGCAAAGAAGGAACUUACAAAAGUGAACGGGACAGAUACUAUCGCGAAGAGUGCUUUGCAAAAAGAUUCUAUAGUGCCAUGGGAAUCAGAAUCUCAAAACGCAACGCUAAGAAUAUCUUUGAUCACUUGGAUGUGA